GCAAAGAUAAAACAGACAAAGUUAAAGUCCAUCAUUUCUCAACUGGAUAUCUGUAUAAUAGCUAAAUGGCUGUUUCCCAGGCGGUGCUUCCUUCCUUCAGCUCCUUUACAGCCGCUGACAACAAAGUGUGGAGGUCUGACACAGACCCCCCAAACGGCCAGACGUCACUUGGAGACUCUGAGCAGCUGCAGGUUUGCCAACAAGUAUCAGAUGAGCUGCUGGACAAUGACAGCCAGGCUUCAUGGGACAUCGAGUUCCUCCUCUCAGAGUGGAGCAGCUUCUCCUCUGAUGUCCACCAGAGCCAGGGCGGCCAGGAGGAGAUCCUCCCUCCGACAUAUCAGGGCGCCGAAUACCAGGAGGCGUUGUUCAAAGAGCAAGCGGCGCCCGGGUGUCCACUGAUGGACAGCGGAAUCGUCAUGGCAGAAUUGGUGUCUCCUCCCGCACCAGUCAAGGCGGAAGCGUACCAGCAGGCUCUCUGCGACCAGAUACGCCGACCUGCGUUCCAGACCGCACCGUACGCUGACCAGUUCUCACACCAGCAAGGAACCAGCUCGUGGCGACACGGCAAAGCAAAGAUCAGCUCCUGGGAAAUCGAUUCAUAUUAUGCCCAGCAGCCGCCCCCUGUGGUGACCAUCCCUGAGAGGAGGUUCCACCCGCCGUCCGCCAUGACUCCUGACGCCCAACACUACAAUUUCAAUCCAUACUUUAACCACAACUCCAACCUCUACUCAAGCUUCACCCACAGUCAGUCAGCCCACUUGCCACUGGAGCAUCAGCACCUGCUGGUUGGGCCACCAAUGCCCCCUUGUGGUGUGGAGGGGAAGCGCUGCAGGAAGACUCCUGGCAAGAAGAGACCCGCCAUUCACAGCUGUGAGUAUCCUGGCUGCAGCAAAACGUACACCAAGAGCUCGCACCUCAAAGCUCACCUCCGGACACACACAGGAGAAAAACCGUACCAGUGCUCAUGGGACGGCUGCAGCUGGAAGUUUGCACGUUCGGAUGAGCUGACGCGUCACUACCGCAAACACACAGGCCAGAAACCGUAUCAGUGCGUGCUCUGUCAGAGGGCCUUCUCCCGCUCGGACCACCUGGCUCUGCACAUGAAGAGGCACGCCUGAGGCCAUCACACACAGCACCAUCACACACGUCAUUAGCAGUAUUCUGGAGCCCACGUUUCUACAAUUCCUGUCUCAGUAAACGGAAACCAAUCAGUCACUUACAGCUCACAUUUGGUUUGACACUGUAGAGACAGGUCCCAUAUCAUUCCCAAGGAUUGGUGAAUUAAAACUCCUCUGUAGUCAUGCAAAACGGUCAUCACAACAAGUUCUUGCAUUGCUUUAUUUAACAUUCAUUUGGAAUUGAAGUUUCACGAAUCUUAACAUUGUUCGGAAGGACCUUUAUUGAACAACUGGAUUCUUAACUUUUUGACCAAAUGAUGACCAGUGAGUGUGUUUUCACUUUGCUAAUAAUAAUAAUAAUAAAAUAGAACAAUGACAGACUCAACAUGAAGCUAAGAAACUUGUGCAGUGUGUGUCCCACGUCACAAACACCAGACACACUACACGUGCAGGCUUAAACACUAACGGACCACAGGUGUGUUCAAGGGACAAAAUGAUUGUUUCUAAUCCCGUAAAUGUCACCGUAGCAUAUUUUUAAAGACUCAGGGUUUUACUUUAAUGUGUGUGUUUAAUUUAAUAUUCCCUGUGUGUCAUGAUUGUAAGCCUUAUUUGUUCAUAUCUUAACGCUUCAUGUCAAGUGAAUUGCUGUACAGUAGUGUUGACUUGUGUAGGUAGAAAUGAUGUUUUUUUGUUUGUUUGUUUUUUCAGCACUACUAAAAUGUUGAA